GGCCUCUAUUAAAGGGGCAGAAACCUGAGAGCCAUUGUAGGAGUUGGGAACAAACAACCGAAGUUUCCCUUCUCAUUUCCUCUCUUUUUGUUCUCUUCUUGUUGAAGUAAUUGUAUAAAAUAGCUAGUGAGACACAAGAAUUCACAAGUUAGUAGUCUUGAAUUCUUCGUCUUGUUUGUUGAAGUAAUUGUAUAAAAUAGCUGGUGAAACACGAGUUCAUACGCAAGUCUUGAAUUCUUCUUUUUUGUUUGUGUAAGUUAACAUGGCUAUGGAGGAUGGGAUUAGUGAUUAUACUCAAGAUGGAACAGUGGAUCUCAAAGGAAACCCUGUUCUGAGAUCAAAAAGAGGAAGAUGGAAAGCUUGUUCCUUCAUAGUCGUGUAUGAAGUGUUCGAGAGGAUGGCAUAUUGUGGAAUCUCAGCAAAUCUCAUUCUGUAUCUGACCAAAAAACUGCAUCAAGGGACUGUGACAGCAUCCAAUAAUGUGACUUAUUGGAUUGGUACCAUAUGGCUGACUCCAAUCUUGGGUGCAUAUGUUGCUGAUGCUUAUCUUGGCAGAUAUUGGACGUUUGUGAUUGCUUGUGCAAUCUAUCUCUCGGGAAUGUGCUUGCUAACACUAGCAGUUUCAGUCCCGGGCUUUAGACCACCUCCCUGCCAUGCUGCAAAUGUAUCUGACUGUCCAAAGGCUACAACACUUGAAUUGGCAGUGUUUUAUACUGCACUUUACAUCUUAGCUGUUGGAACUGGUGGGACAAAGCCAAAUAUCUCCACCAUAGGUGCGGAUCAAUUCGAUGAUUUCGAUCCAAAGGAGAAGAUCCAAAAGCUUUCCUUCUUCAAUUGGUGGAUGUUUAGCAUAUUCUUUGGGAUACUUUUUGGCAACACAGUUCUCGUCUAUAUUCAAGACAAUGUGGGAUGGGCUCUUGGAUAUGGUAUCCCUACAGCUGGGCUUGCAUUGUCUAUUGCCAUUUUUCUGUUUGGUACUCCCUUCUAUAGGCACAAGAAGCCUGCUGGUAGUCCCUUCACAAAGAUGGCUAGAGUCAUAGUGGCUACUGUUAAGAAAUGGAGGGUACCUGUCCCUACUCAUCCCAAAGAACUGUAUGAACUUGAUGCUGAAGAAUACACCAAGAAGGGCAAAUUCAAAAUUGAAUCCACAACCACAUUAAGGUACCUGAACAAAGCAGCAGUGCAAACAGGUUCAACAAGUAUGUGGAUGUUAUGCUCAGUUACAGAAGUUGAGGAGACCAAACAGAUGCUGAAAAUGUUACCUAUAUUGAUGACCACAUUCCUUCCAAACGUAAUAGUUGCACAAAGCAAUACUCUUUUCAUUAAGCAAGGCACUACUCUGGACAGGGGCAUGGGUAAGCAUUUCAAAUUGCCACCAGCCAGCUUAGGUGCUUUUGUGACAGUAACCAUGCUGCUUACCGUGGUGCUGUAUGAUCGUGUCUUUGUCAAGAAUAUUAGCAAGUGGACCAAGAAUCCAAGAGGCAUCACUCUCCUUCAAAGACUGGGACUUGGAUUUGUGCUCCACAUUAUCAUUAUGAUCGUAGCCUCCCUGACAGAAAGGCACAGGCUUAAUGUGGCCAAGGAACAUGGUCUAGAUCAAACCGGAGGCCAACUCCCAUUGACCAUAUUUAUAUUGCUCCCACAAUUUAUCCUUACGGGAGUGGCUGAUGCAAUGACAGAGGUUGCAAGACUUGAGUUUUUCUACGAUCAGGCACCUGAGAGCAUGAAGAGUUUGGGGACUUCCUUUUCCAUGACUAGUGUGGCAGGUGGCAACUUCCUUAGCAGUUUCAUUCUUUCAGCAGUUUCUCGCAUCACAAGGGAGGGUGGUCACAAAGGAUGGAUCCAAAACAACCUUAAUACUUCUCGCCUCGAUUUGUAUUUUGCAUUUCUUGCAGUAGUAGGCUUUCUGAAUUUCCUUUUUUUCCUGGUUGUGACCAAGUUCUUUCACUACAAGGCUGAGAUUUCGGACUCAAUGGAAGUGUUAAAAGAAGAACUAGAGGGGUCAAGGAAAGAUGCUUACCAAGUAGAGCUGGCGGAUAACAAACGCUAAUCAAGAAUGUUCUCAAGAGGGCUAAAAUUCAUCUGCAUGGAAAGGAGCUUGAGACUCAACAGGAGCAUUAUUUUGUAAUAAGAAUUGCUAGCAUCACAAGCAUGGAUUGGUGCUUUCUCGCACAACUAAGAUGAAACUAGCUUUUCCUUAAGCUAAAAAAUGUACUGUUAUGUUUUAGAAGCAGAGAGGAGGAAUGAAAUAAAGCUGUCAGAAGGCCCGAACUGGCUUUCCUGCAUGGCCCUACAGCGUGUUGCAGCAAAUAUUUCAGCUCAGAUAUCUGAAAUCUUAAUUUGCAUCUUUCCUUAAGAGCCCUAUGAAUGUACUACAACAAAUAUUUUAAGUUAUCUGCUUGAAAUCUCUAUUUCUAGCAAUUCUCUCUUGGUAAUCCAGGACAGCAAAUUUGCAUCAACAUGCAGUACUAUGUUUUAGUUUUUCCUUUUUUUC